GUUGGGGGAAUAAAGGUCCGCCGAGGAGGAGAGGAACUCUCAGGACGACUGCGUCCGUCUCUCUGGUCAACUUGGUGAGUUGGUGAAAAUUAAUCUUUUAAAUGCUUCAUGCUGUAUAAUUUUCUUAACCCAGUUCUCAAAUUUGUGAAAUUGUUGAAUUUAAAUGAAUCCAAAUUGACCUUUGACACUUUUUCGCUUCAGUCGCACUCUUAUAUAAUGUAAAAAACAAUUUAUUUUGCAACAACUAUGUGAUUGUGCAUUAUGCAUCCUAACUUGCAGCCUUUUCUUGCUUGUACAACAUUGAUUUUAAAGCUUUCCAACUCAUGCAGUGGCUCUAUUUCUGCACAUCUGCAGCGAAAGUUUAUUUGUCUCAUAUAAAUUCCUACUUUUAUGGGGGUUUUUUGCUCAUUUUUGAGUGCAUUCAAGCUUGAGUUCUGCAAAAAACGGAGCUAAAAGCAAGUCAAAUGUCACGGCUCUCUGAGUGGGUUCUAAUGUACCUCCUCUCCCCAUGGUAUACUAGCAUUGCAAUGUAUAACACACACACGUUACGACAGCGAGCAUGUAACUAACUCCAUUUAUGUCUGUCAUCAUGAGGCUAAUUCGUCACAAUGCCAACCAUGUGUGAACUCAUGCGAUACGAACCCCUCCUUUCUUCCUCCUUCUUCUUCUUCUGCUUCGUUUUUCUGCCGUUUCAAAACGGAUCCAAGGAGGCGGAGAGGAGUAAACGGGGGCGAUCACACGCAGAGGACGGGGGUUCCUUUAUUUCUCUCCAUGCUGGUCUGGACGUCCGUAGUAUGUAUGAGAAGUUAACCAUGCUGAACCUGCAGAGCGGCUCCAACUGGAGCGGGCCCAACAACUGGUACCAUGACCCCACCGGCGUUCAGACGCAACACAGCGCAGUGUCCGAGGGCUGCAUGCUGGACACAGAGGGCAGCAUGGGGGGAGAGGCGGCGGGAGGAGGCGCUGGCAGAGGAGGAGGUGGAGGAGUCCCCGUGGAGCGGGACGAAGGCGAGGAGUCUCAGCUGAGGCUGCAACUCAAGAGGAAGCUGCAGAGGAACCGGACCAGCUUCACGCAGGAGCAGAUCGAGGCUCUGGAGAAAGAGUUUGAAAGGACACAUUACCCAGAUGUUUUCGCGAGGGAGAGGCUGGCGAACAAGAUCGAUUUACCUGAGGCCCGGAUACAGGUGUGGUUCUCCAACCGGAGAGCCAAGUGGAGGAGGGAGGAGAAGCUGCGCAACCAGAGGAGGUCGGGCAGCGUCACCUCCUGCUCACAGAGCCAGGCGCCGCUCAGCACCUCCUUCAACACGUCCGUCUACCAUCAGCAGCACGGCAGCAGCUCAGGGUCCAUGUUGAGUCAAACGGAGCCGUCGCUGCCCAGCUACAGCUCGCUGUCUGUCUUCUCAUCUGGAGUCCAGUCCAUUCCUCCCCAGUCGGCCUCCUCGUACUCCUGCAUGUUGCCUCCGUCGCCCUCUGCGCCGCGCAGCUUCGACUCGUCGGCGUACUCCUCCCCUCACCUGCAGACUCCGUCCUCAGCCAGCUCCAACACAGGGCUCAUAUCACCCGGGGUUUCGGUGCCAGUCCAGGUCCCAGGAACUGAGCCACAAAGCAUGAGUCAGAACCUGGGGCAGUACUGGGCCAGAUUACAGUGAGCUCCAGGCGAAUGCUGAUGGACAGAA